CUCGAGCAACCAAUGUCUCCUCCGCCUUCAGAAUAAACCUUCUCUGGUCACGUCGUCGUCGUGAGAGCUGCCGUGCUCCUCCAGAAGCCUUCAAAUCCUCUCGUUGCGGUUGCAAGCUUGGAGCGUAGGCUCGCACCUUUUUUGGCCUUUCUCUUUCCUUCCCUUCCCUUUCCCCCGCCUCUCGACGGCCACCAUCACCCAGGCGGUUUCGAUUGUGCUGCCAAAACCCCCACGCAGAGCCGGUUUUGGCAGCACAACAACGAAGAGCAAGGGAAGGCGAGUCACCAUGGCAAACGAGCGCCGCAGCCAGUUGGAAGAGGACCUCGCCAAAUCGGGUGAAGAAACACGGUGAGCCAUGGGCAGAGAAGAGGUGCUAAGCAUGUCGAUGAAUCCAUGUGGAAUGGCUGUGUUUCCUCGGCAGGUUGAAGGAGUGGCUGAGGACUGAGCUGGCGCACUGCGGGUGGCGCGAAGAAGUCAAACGAAACUGCCUUGGUGAGAACAAGACCGCCACAGAAGCGCCUGCAAAGGCGGCUCGAUCUCGGGUAGUGCUGAUUCCUCUGCGUGUAUGUGUGUGUGUCUACAGAGCGGAUACGCAAUAUGGGGAUGGACAAGGUGUCUGUGGAGGACUUGAUCAAGCAGGUGCAGCCCUACGGCCGCCAGACGGUGCCUGACGAGGUCAAGGCGGAGCUCAUCAACAAGCUGAGGGCUUUUGCAGAGUUCCGGAGGGGGCAGAAUGUGCCGCCUGCUGUAACGCCGCAAUAGGGCAGGCGGGUUCCUUCCUUCCUUCUUGGGAGAGACUGCUGCCAGGUGUGUGUACAGCUAGCUGGAUCAA